GCAAGCGCUCAAGUUACUAAGUUGUUGUGCUUUGUGGCAGUUCGUCUCACGAAAAGAAACGAAAAUGUCGACGCAUUUUAGCGCAAAUCAGUACGAACAAGAAUUCGCUGCUCGGAGGUUGCAGAAUUGGGAAAUUCCAAAGAGGUUCAAAGAGCGUCCAUCAACUCUUGAAGGCUUCACUCAGCCAAUUAGCAACGACCAAGGACACAUUUUGCCAGGGAUCCCACGCUCUACAAAGAGUCCAUGGGGUGAAUUUUUGGGGACAUGGGAUAUGAAAAAACCUCCUCUCAGAACAAAGACUAUAAAGACAAAUGCAAUGUCCACAAGCUUGCAAAAGAAUACAGAGCCUCCUGCACGCACUCCAAGCCCUAAAGAAGAUGUCACUGCAGACAAAGCAAGGACUCCAACACCUCAGCAAGAAGAAGUACAGACACCAAGCCCGCAAGAAGGGAAAGCAAGCCCACGUCCACCAAGCCAGAGUAGUCAAUGUAAAAAGUCACCCAGCCCUGUGGUGGCAAAAACCCCUGAACCAGCUCCUCCAUCUCCUGUUAAGAGCCCUGCCCAAGAAAAUAAUUCACCCAAGAAUACAGUUAUGUUUUCUGACCCAGCUUAAUGUCUGUCUAGCACCUUGUACUCUACAAGUUAUCCAUUCUCUAAGCAAUUGCAAAAAAUAAAUAUACCAAUUUGUGAGACCUUA